AUGCGUACCUCAUUGUUCCUCGCCGUCGCCACCGCCCUUGUCGCCACUGUCUCUGCCCACGAGGGCCACGACCACGGUGAUACCACUCCCUCGGUCUGCUUGACCAACCCUGCCGACGCCUCCUGCGCCAACUACUCCAUCCCCACCGCCAACAUCACCAGCGCCAUUACCGAGAUCUGCACGGCCAACACGUACCUCCCCGGAUGCUCGCUCAACGUCGCCUGUGCCGCCGACAAGUCCCUCAACCCUACCUACUGUGCUCCUCUCACCAUCCUCGCCACCCUCUGCACGGCCAAGGAGGACACCGCCGUCACCCAAGCUGCCUGUGCAAAGUCCUACUCUGUCUUCUGCAGCGCCACCUCGCUGAUCCCCAACUGCAAGACCCAGGCCACCUUCCCUGGUCUCCCCUCGGGCAAGAUCGUCACUGGCGCUAUCUACUCUGUCUGCCAGGAGAUGCCCGGCAUGACCGACUGCAAGACCUGCCCCGCCCCCAAUGCUUCCGGAUACAGCCAGUGCGAUGAAGUCUCUGCAUGGAAGGGAUUGUGCUUGGACAUGCCCGACAUGAGCCAAUGCCCCUCGUUCAACGCCAUGUGCAAGAACACCACCUUUGCUCCUUUCUGUAACGCUACCUACAAGGCCCCCGCUGCCCCCGCUACUACCUCGGGAUCUGCUGACCCCAAGCCCACCAGUGGCGAUCACUCUGACCACGGGAACGCUGCUUCCUCCCUUGCUGGAUCCAUGACCAUGGUCUCGGCCUUGGCUGUCAUUGCCGCCGGUAUCUCCUCCUUGGUCAUGUAA